GGGUCCGUGUCGUCAAUGCAGUUGGUUUUAGGUCCGUCGCUGAAAGGAGUCCGGGGGUUUGAUUGUCCGUGUGCGCGCGGCGCGUCUGGUGGAAUGGCCGAGGGAGCCGAUCUGAUCGACAUUUACGCGGAUGAAGAGUUUAAUCAGGAGACUGAUUAUGCUGCAAAUGAUCAAGUUGACCUUUAUGAUGAUGUAAUAGCAGCUGCUGACAGUAAUAACCAUGAAGAUCAAAGUUUUGAUGAAAUAAUACCACGGACUCCUGGUGAGCCACAGAAAACCGACAGUAACACCAGGCCAACCAUAGUCUACACAUAUGGGGGCAAACGGCAAGCUGUGUAUGUGGGAAACCUGACAUGGUGGACGACAGACCAGGAUGUGGCAGAUGCUGUCCAUUCAGUGGGUGUGCAGGAUCUGUUGGAAAUCAAGUUCUAUGAAAACAGGGCCAAUGGGCAGUCUAAAGGGUUUGCUGAAGUAUAUCUGGGCUCUGAAAGUUCUGUCCGAUGUGUCAUGGAGCUACUUCCUAAAAGAGAACUUCAUGGACAGAGACCAGAGGUCAUGCCUUGCAACAAACAGAAUCUCAACCAGUUUGAAGCACAAUCCAAGAAAAGACAGAAUCCUCAGAGAAGCCAAUCGCAUGACUCAGUGAAUUCCCCAGACCAUCGAGAUUCUCCAUUGCCACGAAGAGGACCAUCACCAGCUGAAAAUGCUGCAGCACCUCCCAGGAGGGAUAAGUUACCACCUUCCUUCCAACUGCCUAGUCGGCCUCCGUACGGUGAACAUCCGCAUGGAAUUCCACCACCAGGCCUUCUGCCCCCUCCAAUGUCACUUGCUCUCAACUCUGGAUAUGGACCCCCACUUCAAGUGCAGCCAGGGCCCCUACCCCCGCCAGGUGCAUUUUUAGCACGACCUGGCCCUCCAGGAUCUAUUGUACCUCCGUUGCCACCAGGACUCCCACCCCAUUUGAUAGUACCACCUCCAGGUGCUAUUCCACCUGCACCCCACAUUAACCCAGCUUUCUUUAUAACACCAAAUGCCAGCUUACCUUCACAAGUUGAUAGCAGAGGACUUCCACCACCAGCUGGGGAUGUCUAUGGUAGACCAUCACCGUCUCAGUACAACAGAGAGGAAUUCAAACGUGGAAGAGAUCCUGACUCCAGUAGUCCUCCUCUUAGUGAAGCAGAGUUUGAAGAAAUGAUGAACAAGAACCGAGCGAUUUCUAGCAGCGCCAUCUCCAAAGCUGUAGCUGGAGCUAGCACAGGUGACUAUGGAAAUGCGAUUGAGACAUUGCUGACGGCCAUUGCCCUGAUUAGACAGUCAAAAGUUGCAGCAGAUGACCGCUGCAAGGUCCUGGUCAGCUCCCUGCAGGACUGCCUCCAUGGAAUUGAGUCCAAGUCAUAUGGUUCAGGAUCCAGGAAAAGAGAGAGAUCACGAGACCGAGAGUACAGCCGUUCUCAUGACAGAAGCCGUAGACAUAGGGAACGCUCUCACAGUGAGGAUCGGCAUGAAGAUUAUCACCGUGAGAGAAGUAGAGAACGGGAUCGGCAUAGAGAUCGGGACCGUGACAAGGAAAGAGAGCGAGAGAGAGAGUAUAGGCAUCGCUAAGAGAACAAUUUUCACCUUUGUACAGAUCCUGGAUCAGGAGAAAAAUUUUAAAAAAAAAUCAGGAAGACAUUUUGAAAUGAGUGAAGAAAAGAGCUGAAUUCCCAGGAGAGGUGUGUGCACACCAUGGGCUGUAGAAAGUGUUAUUACACACGGAGCUGCAACUUGAAGAAAUUUUCCAGUUGGGUGUGGCUUUCUGGAACAUUGACCUGCUAUUAUGUCGAACAACUUGUUUUGUUCAGCAAUUAUAUACUAAACUUUUUUUACAUUCUCAGUUUCUUUAAACGUUGCUGGCCGGGAAAAUCUUUUUAUAAUAAGGUGCAGAUGACUUGGAGGGCAUCUUCAGUGGGAAGCUGCAUGUUUGACUGAUUGCAGUAAGCGUCCGUGCCAAACUUUUAACUGUCCACUGAGGGCAUUGGCCUGAGCCCUAAUAUGUAGUACCAGUUGAUGGAUCACUGGUAAAACAUUUAGGGGGUAAAUGUCAUCGGUUGGUUGCAUUGUUUUGAAUAAAAUCUUGCAACUAAUUAUGUCUGUCUGUUUUCUGUGGAUAAUUUUGGAGCAUUUCCUCUAGUCACUCACUGUUAACAGCUAAGUUUUAAGUAAACAGAUUUUGGAUUUCACUGGAAAUAACAAUCAAGGAAAAUCUUCCCAGUAUAUGUUUUUACACUUUCCAAGCUGCGAAUGUGCACAUGAUUUCUGACUGUCAUUAGUCUGCCAUGGAAUAAAUAUUUUUUAAAAUUUUUCAUGUUUGGGUGAAAGCAGGGGUGCAGAUAAAAUAAGUGUUCCAUCUGUGUUCCAUGACUUGCGAAUAGUUAGUAACAGCCUGAUGAAUUUCCCUGUUUGUCCGUGUGUAGAACAGUGUUAGUGUUGUCCAGAUCCUCCUUUGUGUAUCAUAGUGUCGGCUUGGAUCACAUCCAGUCAGCAAAAUCCUUUUUGCUUGUUAUGCUAGCUUUGCAAAAGUACUUUGGUUGUAAAUUUCAAACAGAAAAUGAAGAUUUGUAAUAUCUUUUUUGAGAUUCUACAUUUUUGUAGUCAAAACAGUACAACUUCUGGCACACCUACAAAAUCUCUCAUUUGUUGAGCUUUUAAAAAAGAAAUAACUUAAAUUUGUUACAUUCUGUCCCACUGAGUAGUUCUCCCAGAUGUAUGGCUUUCAUGGUUCUCAGAAUUCACUUAGCUGCUCUGCAUCACUACUACAUUAACGAAAGAAAAUCUCGCUGGAUAAUAAAUAGUAGCAAACAGCCAUGCUUACAUGGAUUAAUUUAACUGCUUUGAAAUGUGAAAAUAAGUUGUUAAGAAUUACUGGGAACCUGUUGGCAAUAAUUUUGUGGAAUAGAGAAUACAGUAGACACACCGAAAACUGUGCUUCCUCUGCCCCCUCAAACCCCUCCCCCUGAGGAAAAAGUUUGAAAAGAUAUUGAGAAUUUGUUAAGUUUUAAUAACCUGUGCAUUUUCAGGCAUAUUGCAGCAAUAGCAGCUGCAAUUUUGCCACUAUUGGGUGAUGUUUUAAGGUUAAUAUGAAACUAUGAAGUCCUUUUGUUUGUAAAGCAAAUGUGGCUAGCAGUCCCUUGUACUCUUUGAAUACAAUUAAUUAUACAAAUCGUGAAUAUUCAUGACAUUUGGUGGUAGUAGACAAGUGCUGCAGCCUUCAGCAUUUGCUUGCUUCUGGCUCAACUAGUCUCCAGACCAGAGGUUGCCUGGUGUUGUUUGCAACUAUUGCCUGCACACGUCCAACUAUAGAGUGGAAUGCUUUCUGCAGCUCUGAGGACGAGGACUAAAAGAUUGAACAGCAUAUCAUGCAAUAAUGGUUUUAAUGAUGACAUGAUGGGGCAGGUUAGUGAUGGUCAUUUUGACUAGAACCUGAGGUUUUUAUUAGGAACUUAAAUGGACGUUGCUGCAUGAAAACCUGUGCAGUGCAGACCAUGAAGGAUUUGUAAAGUGUAAUCGAGACUGAUUUGUGUAAAUGUUAGCAAACAAUCAAGUGAUUCAUUUCAAAAGCUACCUUGAUGAUAUGUUGCACAUGCAAAGUCAAUGGUAAGAAUCUUUCCGAUUUGACAGUGGUCCCUGCGGCAGACCAGACCCCUCUUUAAAGUUUUUGAUUUAAUUCUUUUACUUUGAAAUGGGAAUACCAUAACUACUGUGGGAAGUUCAACUGAGUUGGCACUGCUGGCUUGGUGCUACUAUAGUUGGUGCCAACACUCCUGGUGGAAGUCGGGGAUGAGGGGAAAUGCAGGAAAAAUUAUGAAUUAGCUUCAGCAUUCCACGCAGAAUUUGAAUCUUCCUUCUAUGGCAGUUUUUCUGUUUUUUUUUUAAAAUGGAGAAGUGUAAUUUUUUUAGUGGUACCAAUUUAACAAAAAAGGAAGAUUUGUUGGUGACUUUGUAUUGUGCUUGUGCGUUUACUGUGAAAUAAAAAAGAUGUUGUGUUUUUUUUUGAAGCUUGUUACUAUGUAUAUUUUAGUGACACAAAUAGCUCCAGUGUAUUAAAAUGUAGAUUCCUGAUGCCUUGCU